AUGGAAGACCGGAGCAGGAAGCGUGGAUGGCUCUCACCUUUUGCAUCAUCAGAUGAGCUCCGGCGCGACCCAGCAAAGGCCAUUUCGACGAAUACUGCGCCUCCCAACAACGUAACAAACAUCACAAACGUGGCCAGCCCAACUGGAAACAGUCCACCAUCACCGAAAACACCAUCUCUAUUGUUUGCUGGCAUCUCUAGUCUCUCUGACGAUCAACCGGGCCUACCCAGCAAUAGUAGUCCACCCUCGAAACUAAUACCACAAUCUUAUGCUCAAGGAAACCGACCUCUGAGCGAUCCGUCUCCCAUGGCCUCACCCUCCGGUAGUCACGAACACAUAUCAAUAUCACGGCAGUCCUCUGGCCUUCAAACUCCCACAAAUGGUAAAAGUGCCAGUCCAAAAACAGCAACACCUACGCACGAGUUGUUGAGUCGCAGUGCUGCUGCCAGUCAAGUCAGUCUACCACAUAGCCCUCUCAUAAGCGAUGAAAUGAUGAUUAUUGAUCCAAGAUGGGCUGGACCAAAGAGUGGGGAAAUCACACCAUCUGAAAAGACCAGCUCACCGGGUCGUAGCUCAAUAGUGGACCUAUUUAGAUGGAAAACACCUCCGAGCAGUGUCCCACAUUCCAGACGAGCGUCUCGUACCGAAUCUAGAUCUAGAAGAGGAUCCUUGUUUAAUCCAAGAGGCUCGAUAUUCUCACUAGCUUCGAGAGCAUCACGAGAGAGUCUGAAUACGCCGACUCGCACUACACCAACUCUCCUUACCGCAAAAUCGGAGGAAGGCCUGAUUCGACAUAACUCUCAGCUAUUUGGAAGUGGUAAAAAACUCAAAAAGGGCAAAUCCAUCACAAACGUGUAUCCAACCAAUAUGCAACGACGAGCACUGAAGAAAACGAGUACCAUGACAUCUCUCACAAAGCUAUCAGGGAACGACUUUGACUUUAUUCUACCACCAGAACAGCAAGCCAACGCACCUAGACCAUCCUUAACGAGAGGACCAUCGAUGGCUUUGAGAGAUAUGGUUGGAGCCUUCUUCUCGACGUCAACACCUAAUGUAUACGCAUCCCGACAUAAUGCAGAUGAUGCUCAACCAACAAGCUUUGCAUUUGACGAAACAUCCGUUGAACAUGCUCGAGCAGCUUCAAGUGAUCAGGCCAGACCUCAUAAUAAUAGUAGCAAAGGUCGGCCUUCAUCAACUAUCGAAGAGAAACAGCGUCCAAGGACAUUUUAUGCUCUUGAACAUGUAUCCAGCUCGCUUCGUAACAUGGUUGGAUUGAGUGUACAUACCGACGUAAAGCAGAACCUGUCUCCUCCUCGACCACAAUCACACGGCAAGAAGAGCGGAGACACCUCACCAACGUCACCACUAUCACCCUUAUCCGAAAAAUCGUAUACGUCGGUUGUGCCCUCACUCAUACCAAACAAUAGAGUAUCGUCACACUUUGAAUCCAGUACCAUAGCACCUUCACUACCCAGUGCUGGAGUAACAGAGACUCCAAGUGCCGCAUCAGCUUCUACAGAACACACAAGGUCGUGGUGGCUAGUGACAAGUACUCAUAGAACAGAACGAGUCAGUAUGAGCGCCGACACUGUAUCAUCGCCCCAGACUCCAAGUAUGACGCCACGUACUGGACACUCUGCCGUAUCCGUAUCAUCAAUCAAACGCAAUACCAUGGACAUACCGCCUACUAGUCGUGAAGAAUAUGCAAAGAUACUAGGACGAGAUUCAAAGGAUUACAAGGGUGGUUUGACUCCAGAUGGAUUUGAUGAACCCAACAAGCUCAAACAGUCAUGGCUUGGACGAGUUGGAGCUGUAUGGAGACGUAGCGCUACUUCAAUCGACGACUUACAAGGAGUUGCAGAUUCGUCAGAUCUUGCCAACAGCCCAGAUGCAUUAACAAUCAUGGUCUGCGGACCCAAUGAUGUCUCCCAUGUUGUCAAUGUUAGCGCUACAGACAAUGCUCAAGCCAUACGAACACGGAUAUUUAGAGCCUUUGAAAAAGUUAUACCUCUUGAAGAGCGUGGUACCUUUUAUCUUGCAAAGAACACAAAAGAUGUCUGGCUCAGUCAUAGCAGAUCAUUUUCCGAAGGAAACGGACAGCCCGUCUUAUUAGAUAACGACAUGCUACUUCAAUAUGUUAAAGAGCCACCAAACGCACAGAGCCCAUUCCCGUCAUUAGCAUUGAUACGAGCCAAAAUACCGAUACAGACAAGAGCACCACCACGAGUAGCUCAAUCGACGUCACCGACCACUGCCGCACCAUCUGUAGGUCUGAUAGAAAGAGCUCGUCGUAGAUUCCAUGACUUUUUUGUCGGUGAACGUCCUCCAAUGGAGUUACUAGCAGAUCAACUGCUGGAAUACUUUCCAAAUAUUGAGGUUGCUCUGAACGAUAAUGAGGAAGAAGAGCAAAGGCAAGACAAUGGACAAGAACCUGAUGGCCGCUCUGGUGACGCAACAUCAGAUCAUGCAGUAUCACCCACAAAUGAUAUAACAGAUAGCUCAAACGCGGUGGUGGAUGUAUAUAGACAAGCCACGUCAUCACUACCACGAUCAAUGGAUCGCCUGAUAUUCUCUGCUACGCCACCUCGAACUGCCAUGACGGCACUAUUAUCAGAGUCACCACCACGUAGUGUAAUAUCAACAUCAUCUGCAGCCCAGGAAGCGCUCGAUCUCGCCAAUGGCAAGGCUCAUAGAUAUUCAUUCACAGGACCAUCGCCAGCAGUGUCAGUACGAUCGGCUCCAUCUGAAGGCCAUCCAUCUCCAUUAUCGCCCAAUGAACCUGCAGGAUUCGAUGAUACCAAUCCGUAUGUAUAUGCCGCUAGAAAUGAUAAGGAGACUGCUCACAGAUCAGACGAUGGCGGAUCAGUCAGAACUCAUGAUUCAUUCACUCGAGGUGGUACUCUGACGGCAAAAGUAGCCUCCACUCGAGCUCUCUCAAAUGUCGGGAAUGCCAGUCAAAAUAUACCAGAGGGUACAGAAGUCGACGCCGUAUCAUAUAUCCGCAAUUUGGUCAAGCAGUCAACUGAGGUGCAAGCUAUACAUCGAGAAGCUACCCGUCGUAAAUCGCAAGCCAUGUUGCUAUCACGACGGAACAGUCAAAUGCCAAGGUCGGAGAGUCUCAUCAAUCAUUUCUCUGUUGCAACUGCACCCAGAAAGAUUGAACAUGUUGAGCCCGAGACUCUAAUAUAUGCGCAAUCUGCUCCUGGCAAUUCAUUCUUGUCACGGACGGCCAGUUUGCCAUACAGACCCGACACUGAAUCUCCACGUAUUGAUAUCCGCCGCACUCAAAAGCCAGAAACGGCACCGAGAACUUACAACCACCGAUACAGUACAAUUAGUAUUGCUUCAGAUGACAAUAUCGAGUACAGGAAGAAGAGUGUUGGAGCUUCAGACCCAGCCUUAUUUGGCUCCACGCCUCGAUCCUACCGCAACCGAUUUGCGAUAACUGAUGCUGCCUCAGAAGAAGACGACAUUGCUUCACUCGGAGGCAGAUCCGUUUCAGAUAAUCAAAUAAUAUCUACAUCAUCUUCUGUUGGGCAAAUUGCUCGAUCAACCAGUACCAGCAUCAUCGGCUCAUCAUCCCCUCUACCGGCCUCCAUCGCCCAAGCUAUCGAAGACGCCGCCAUCGCAAACGGCUUGACAGAAACCAAGGGAGCCAAGGCGCCCUUCAAAUGGGUUAAAGGAAAACUCAUUGGGGAAGGAUCAUACGGAAGAGUAUAUCACGGUCUCAAACUCUCACUCCAACGCUCCAACGGCCAACCAAACGCCACCGAAUUCAUUGCUAUAAAACAAGUCGAUUUGGCACCACCAAAGGGACGAGAAACCAAUGCUAAUCGUGUCGCAUUCCGCAAAAAGAUGGUGGAAGCCCUACAACGUGAAAUGGAGUUUUUGAAAAUCUUGGAUCAUGGCAAUAUUGUUCGAUAUUAUGGAUUUGAAUUGACUGAAAACACUAUGAAUGUGUUUUUGGAAUAUGUUGAUGGUGGUACCAUCUCAUCCAUUAUAUCGAGACUUGGUGUGCUACCUAUUGAAAUGAUUCAGAGCUUUACGUGUCAAGUGUUGUUGGGAUUAGAGUACCUUCAUAACUUGGAUAUCAUACAUCGAGACAUCAAAGGCGCAAACGUUUUGGUCGACAGUAAAGGAGUUGUCAAGAUAUCCGACUUUGGUAUCUCCAAACGGACAGGAUACAGUGAAGCAUAUCGUCGAGCAUCACGAAUGUCUGUUCAAGGAAGUGUGUUUUGGAUGGCACCUGAGGUUGUCCGAAGCCAAGGGUAUUCUGCCAAGAUUGAUAUAUGGAGCACUGGCUGUGUUGUCGUUGAAAUGAUAUCCGGUCAUCGGCCAUGGAGGGACUAUGAAGAAGCUGCAGCCUUUUGGCAGAUUGGACAAUACCGUACACCACCGUCACCAGAUACCGUUCAAUCUGAUGUUCGUGCCUUUUUGGAUUUGGCUUUUACUAUUGAUCCCGAAAAAAGGCCAAAAGCAGCUGAAUUGCUGCAACACCCAUUUUUGGAUGUCGAUCCAUAUGAUGUUGAUUUCGAAGGGUUGUACCAUCAAGCUGAAUUGAGGAGACGCGAAGAAGGCUCCAACAACUCUGAGCUUUCUUCCCUGGCCAGUAUGGACUCUGACCAAUCUGUACGACAAAACAACUCACUACCACGAGCACUCCGAAAGAGUUCGAUCGAAACCGAGUCUUUGGACGAAUCCUCAACUAGGAAGGUGACUCUCGAGAGGAACAAACGUGACUCCAUCCCCGCACUUUAA